GCGAUUGGACAAGCACCUCGGCUUCACCAUGGACGACACUGAGCUCUACGAGAUGACCCUGCCCAUGCAGACGGCCGACGGGAGGACGAUCGAGAAGAUGUUCGUCCGCCCUCCCCACGAGGCACUGCACCGCGAGGUCGAGGAUAACGGCAUGCCACACACAGUUCCUGAUAGAUGGGUGGACGUCUUUGAACAGCACCCGUUCGUAUGCGGCAAGACGCCAGAGGAGCGAUCGCGCAUGGUGCCGCUAGGCGUGUACAUGGACGCAGUUGACUACAGCGACAAGGACAGCGUCUUAGCGUGCUCAGUCACGAACUUGCUCACAGGGCGCAAGCACAUCGUGUUCGUGGCGAGGAAAUCAUCGCUGUGUGGCUGCGGUUGUGGUAAUUGGUGUUCACUCUUCGUGUUGUUCAGGUUCAUGCAGUGGUCGCUGAUUCACGCGGCCGAGGGUCGGUGGGCAUCGACAAGGCAUGACGGCAGCCAUUUCGCGUCUCACAUGGACCAGGAGAGGCUCUCGAUGAAAGACAUGCGCAUGUGCUAUUCGGGAAUCCUGAUCGACCUGAACGGUGACUGGAUGGAGUUCGCUAGCCGAUACGGUUUGCCGAGUUGGGCUUCGUCCACCGCGCCGUGCUUCAAGUGCAAUUGCAUCCACGACAACUGGUACAAGGAGCCAGGCCAGAUCGUGCAGGGCGCAGUCUCGCACGACGUGGACUACUACGAGACCGAGGCCAUGAGGCACGAGGCAUGGGUGACCAUCUUCACGCUUGACCAGCUCAUGCAAGUGAGGCAGGCCCUGAAGAUCAGCUUCGCGUUGAAGGGCAGGGUCAUGUCCAAGAAUAAUUCGGCUUACGCC